ACUCUGGGGGCGCUGUGGUGCGUCACAACAGUGGAAGCAACUGCUUGCUCAACUUUCACACAGCGAAGGAAGAUGUGUAUCUUGACAUAAAUUGUGUAAGUAUGGCAAAGUUGUCAAUGAAAGAGCAAAGUGGCUGUCGAAAACUGUUAAGAUUAUUACCCCUGGACGACUUGUUCGCCCUUAAAGAGACAGUAACGAAUCGCCUGAUCGCUGUAGAGAGCACGCAAGAGGCCAUUGAGGCCAUCAUAACUUACUCACAAGACGCCGAGGAGCUCCUCAAGAGAAAGAAGGUGCACAGAGAUGUAAUUUUUAAGUAUCUCGCCAGUGAAGGAGUUGCCAUGCCCCCUAACAGUGAUAAACAACAGCUGAUCAGGAGGACCACGGAGUACUGGUCAUCUGGGGAGAUCUCAGAGCGUGAGAAGAACACCGUGGUUUCAGAAGAUGUUGGAGAUGGUCUGGCAGACCUUCCAGCUUUGGGAAAACAGUUUUGCCAGUGGUUCUUCACCCUUCUGAACUCCCAAAACCCCACUCAAGGGCAGCCGGCUCAAGACUGGGGUCCUCAGCACUUCUGGCCGGAUGUGAGACUUCGGCUCCUCUCGUCUUCUGGAGAGCGGUGUGUAGAUGAGUUCAACGGGGCAGAGCUGGUCAGUCAGCGGCUUCAUGCUUUCGCAGGACAAGAGGGUCUGUUGUUCUGCCCGAACUUGGAGGGUCAAGGGUUAAAGUGUGUAUCUUCAGCUCAUGGACUGGUGUUAGUGGCCGUAGCCGGGACCGUCCACCGUGAUAAUGCCUGCCUUGGGAUUUUUGAGAAAGUGUUUGGCCUCAUUCGCUCACCAAUGGACAAUAAUCGCUGGAAAAUAAAGUUUGUGAAUAUGAAAGUGGAAGCACAAAGUGCCAUCACAGACAGACAGUUACCAGUCAUUACCUACGACUCAAAAGAGUUGCUGAGUCUUUGUGACUGAUCCACACGAGGUCUGUUUGGACAUGUUUUGACUCGGCAGUGAAGCGAUGCAGUGAUGUGAUGUUUGACACAGAGACUUUGAAGCUUGUCAAAAAAACUAAAGUCUCGCAGUGAAGCACUGUACCAGAGCUCGACUCGUUUUGCCAAAACCACGUGAUCUGUGAUGUCCGAAGCUUCGUUUUCUUUGUAUUCUGAUUCAAAUAACGUGAACCACUUUUGCAGUUUCAAGUUUAACUCACUGCUUUGAAAAGAAUAAAUCAUAAUACAAAUA